GGAGCGUUGCAAUGUCCCAAAGAAAUACCGAAGAGAAAAACGCCAUGGGCUUCCCCGAUCUGAGUAUCGUAUUUUCGCGAUCGCUGACUGAUCAGCCUUGGUUUGCUCCGCUGAAGAUCAUGAUAGAUGUCUCUAACUUGUGUGAAAUCACCAUCGAAGAUACGUUCCCUGAGCUUAUCUGCUGGAAGUCGACCUCGAUUGAAUUCGUCGAAGAUCAAGUUGUGUUAAUCUAUCGACUCGAAGAGUUUGCUGUCCGUAUUCGUAGACUCGAAGACGAAAUUGCCAGUUGGCCAGAGAAGUAUGGCCGAAAGUUUGUUACUAUAGUUAUUAUGCUGGAAGGCAAAGAAAAAAUAUCCGCAGAAAUGGACCGUCGAAUCAUUUUAGCUCAGCUAGAUAGCCUGUUUAACGUGCAUCCAGUGCACAGUGUCCAAGAACUUUACCAUCUUUUAACGUGCAUGACUAAGGCGACAGCUAAAAAGUUCAACAGUCGCCUGCGGGACGAAGUACUAGGAUUCGAGGAGAAUCGGCGUACGGCUUCCAACCCAGCCGAAGUAUGGCCUGGCAUGCUUGAAAUGUUCUUCAAUCACGCUUCGUUUCAGCUUGCUCGGGCAAUUGCAACACGCUUCCCAUCGCCCCGUGCGCUACGGCAUGAGCUACUACGGAGCUGUUGAAGUUUUCGAGGGUAUCACAGCGACUGUCGGAGAGCCGCCGCUUCAGAGGACAUUCAGGAUUGGACCUGAGACUGCCAACCGCUUGUAUAAUUUCUUCACUCAGGACGAUCCGAAUGCUCUAGUUUGAUUAGCAGUCGAAAGGAAAUAGGUUCAGGCGUCGGGGAUCGAUGUAGGUGUUCUACAUUAGGGAAUAAAGAUCCACUUCCUCUAGACACGAUCAGAACAGCUAGCUUAAAAACUUAUAAUGUGCCGCUUAUUAUUCGGCAGUACUACACAGGAUAUUUAAAUACACUAAAAGUAACUAAUGCGUUAUUCUCAUCGAUUGUUUUUGUAGCUGGCACCUUGUAGCUCAAUGAACCUGUACUUAGUAACAAUGUACAUCGAUAUAAUCAGGAAGCUAAUUGUCUUUUGUGGCGAGCUGGAGGAAAUAGGGAGUUAUGUGAUUAACUCAUUCCAACAAAAAUUAAUCUCUAUCCAUUUUUUGCUUUUUUUGACACUAUAUUUGCAACAUUUAGGGGCUCCUAAAUAAAUCGAUUCUUCAUAAGCGAUGGAUUGAUAAUAAUUACUGAUGUGAUGUCGUACAAAAAAUCAAAGAAGUUCUCCAAGCUGUUGCACCUCGAUUGGAAAUGGUUAAAAUGUUGGAGACUGUCUAGGGGAGGUUUUGUAUGUAUAAUUCCAAUCAAUUCAAACAUAUUUGUUGUAGAUCGCGUUUCUGCCAUGCUAGCUGACGCGUAACCUUGAUUGUAUAUAUGUUCUAAUAAAAAGUUGUUAGUACCUGUUCAAUAUUUGUCUAUCAUAGAAAUUUUUUGAUUAGAUGACCUUCUACAUUCAGGUAACGAACAUUUUCCAAUAGCUUCACGGCAAAGGCAGCUUUAUUAUCGAUGUAAUUUAAAU